GACGCGUGAUAUACACGCCCCAGAUGAACACAGAGCGAGAGCGAUGCCCCCUCAACCCCGAUAAUUACCAAAAACACCUAAGCUCCCCAUCCUACUGCUGCAUCAAACUCCUACAGAAAUAAUCUCAGUUUGUCGUAAAACGACAGAGGAUUAGAUUUGAUGGCUAAAGAAGAGAAUGAAGAGGAGCUGAUAAAUGCUAGACGACCUUGUUUCUUCGAGAUUUUCUCUUCUAAUUUGUCCUCAGACCGGCUGAGAAUACCUGCAAGAUUCACAAGACAUUUAGAAGGAAGGACGUCAGGAUCAGUUUCAUUAACAGGUCCAAGUGGAAACAUCUGGACAGUUAACUUAAUUCAACAAAGUGAAGAUAUUUUCUUUGAUCAUGGAUGGCCAGUUUUUGUGAAAGAUCAUUUUAUAGCAUGUGGUGAUCUUUUACUUUUUAGAUUUGAUGGUGAAUUGUGUUUCACAGUGCAAGUAUUUGAUCAAAGUAAAUGUGAAAAAGAAGCUGCUUUUCAUUCUAAAUGUACUCAAAAUCCUAUUCAGUUUUAUAUUAGUAUUGGCCAAAAGAGAGAAAGGGAUGAUGGUGAUGAUGAUGGGAAUAAAGAUUCAUUUUUGGUUAGAAGUUGUGAAUCUAUGCCCAAAAAGGUUAAAAGGGGCCAAGAAGAGAGUUCCUUGCAUGAAACUAAGCAAUGUUGGAGUCCCUGCCAGAACACUGCUGCAUCUUCUCGUUUGAAUAUUUGCCAUGAAAUACUAGAUCCUAAAGCUGAGGUAGCCAUCCAGAAAAGAACAGGCAAAGAAGAUAGAAAUCUGGCCGACAGAGGUUAUGGGUCAAUCUUUUUGGAACGUGAGAAAAGGGUUGCGCAGUCUUUCAUCUCUUGCUUUCCUUAUUUUGUGCGGAUCAUGAAAAGGUUCAACAUCAGUGGUUCAUACACUCUGAAUAUACCAUAUCAAUUUUCCACAGCACAUCUUCCGAGUAGCAAAACGGAAAUAGUCCUUCGAACUAUCAAAGGUGCUUGUUGGACUGUGAAUUCUGUGCCAACGACAAGAGUGCACACAAGUCAUACUUUCUGUGGAGGAUGGAUGGCCUUUGUUCGCAGUAAUGACAUCAAAAUAGGGGAUGUUUGUAUUUUUGAACUUGUUCGCAAAUAUGAAUUGCGUGUGUUUAUUCUUCGAGUUGGAAAGGAAGUCGUGGAAGACCAAAGUGGAAAUGUAGCUCCUGAUGGAGGAAGUAUUGAUUCUAUGUCCACUUCACAUAAAAUUGAAAACUUUCCAAAGCAAUCAAGAAAAAGUGGUCUAAAAGUCCAUUCACGGCUCAUCACAAAGGUAGAAGUAUGUGAUAGAAAGAAAUCUAAUAAGAGUCAAGCAGCAGCUUUUUGCAAUCGCAUAACAAAACAUGGAGAUGCAGCAAAAGGUUCUGGCACUGAAAAGCAGGUUGGGUUGGUAAUUUUAAUUGAUAAAGCAGAGGCAAUAGCGUGUAGCAGAAAGAAUUUAGAUGUUGAACUGAGUCCACAUGCAGCAGCUGGCUUGAGAAUGAUGGCAGAAGCCGCCAAAUCUUUCACCUCUGGUUUUCCUAAUUUUGUAAGAAUCAUGAGGAAGUUCAACAUCAGUGGUUCAUAUACUCUGAAAAUCCCUCACCAGUUUUCUGCUGCACAUCUUCCCAACUACAAAACAGAGAUUAUCCUUCGUAAUUCACAUGGGGAACGCUGGACUGUGAAUUCAGUCCCAGACUCAAAGGGGCGAACAGUACAUACAUUUUGUGGAGGAUGGAUGGCUUUUGUUCGUGACAAUGAUGUGAAAGAGGGGGAUAUCUGUAUGUUUGAACUUGUCACUGAAUGUGAAAUGCUAGUGCACAUCUCUGGAGUUGGAGGAAAAAUGCUCCAUUCUCCUUCAUGAGGCAUGCUAAACAGUCAAAAAGCUCAAUAUUCACUGAAUAAAUAUUCUGGCUGUCCUUCUUUCUCGUACCCGAAAGAUUCAACGAGUUUUACUUGCCUGAUUGGACCGAGGGGAAAAGACACAAAAUGCUGCUUGGUUGCACACUGGAUGAAAAAAUUAAUGCUGAUGGAAGCGGAGGCAUCUAAUAAUUUUUGGUGAUCACUGGAAUCCAUCGAUUUUGUGAAUAAAUCGUUUACUUGCAUCGUGGAACGGUGUGCCUUUGUAGUCCUUUUACUAAGAAGCAAAAAUUUAUUGUACAUGCGAUAAUCCUUAGUAGUUUUGUUCACUUGAUUGCACUUGCAGCCCAGCAUGUGCAAGACAAACUGUGGAGUCACUGCUCAUGGCAAGGCACUGUAAAAAAUUGGGAUUCAGGCGCUAUGCCAAUUUAACGUGGCUGAUGAUUUUCUACUGACAGACAGUUAAAAGUUUAUAAAUGGUGUUUGGCAAAGAUGGGAAGGAAAAGGUUUAAGCGA